AUGCACGCUCCCAGACCUGCUGUUCCCCUCUGCACAAUCGCCACUAUCCCUCGCCAGCCACAGCAUUGCAUUGAGUGGGCGCAUCAGAUUGCCUGGCAGGACAAGCGCAAGGACGACACAUUCGACAGCGAUGACAUGGAGCACAUCGGCUGGAUCUACAAUGCGGCACUGGAACGAUCCAAGGAGUUUAACAUCCCCGGAGUUACCUUCCAGAUGACCCAAGGCGUUGUCAAGAAUAUUAUCCCUGCCAUUGCCUCCACAAACGCUGUCAUCGCCGCCGCUACAACCUCGGAAGCGCUGAAGAUAGCAACUUCCUGCAACCCCUUCCUUGAAAACUACAUGAUGUAUGCCGGAGAGGAAGGCGUUUACACCUAUACCUUUGAAGCGGAGAAGAAGUCGGAUUGCCCUGUCUGUGGAAACCUCGCCCGCAAGUUGACUGUAAAUGGGGAUUUCACUCUGGAGGAAUUCAUUGAGAUGCUUGGCGAGCGACCAGAGGCACAGCUGAAGAAACCCAGCCUGAGAACUGAGGAGAAGACUCUUUACCAGCGCUUCCCACCCCAGCUGGAGGAACAGACUCGGGCUAAUUUGAAGUUGAAGCUUCGGGAUCUUCUCACGAGUGGACAGGAGGUCGCCGUCAGCGACCCUGCGUAUACGAUUGAUUUCCGAUUCCAGUUGGUAUUUGCUUGA